AUGGAUAAGAUGAAGGGUGCUGUCAAGAAUAUGGCUGUGAAUGUGAUAGAUAAAUUACAAUGUAAAAUUACUGGAAUAUGUUAA